UAAAAAACAAGUGUUUUUUUUUUAUUUUGAAAAAAAUAUUGCUCCGAUUUGGUGGAGAACAACAAUGAGGCAAACACCGUGAAUUUAAACUCUUUCCAAUUUUUUUAUUUUUCACCAUUGUGGAGAACAAGAUGCAUUGGUCUGUCGUGCUUUCAGCUGUAUUGUUGAUGACACUAGCUACCAAUAUUAAUGCACAAUCAAAAAAUUGGAUAAGAGGUACUUAUAGCCGUGAUAAACGCACGACGGACGAUCAUGAAAUUGUUCUACCAAAAAAAGUAACAAAAAAUGGUAUUCACAUAAGUAAUGAAUUAAAUCAUCAUCAUGAUAAUAAUGAUGAUAUUAAAUUACAUUAUCAAUUGACAAUAUCUGGUUUACAAUAUCAUCUUGAAUUGACACCAUCAACAAAUUUUAUAUCACCUGGAAUGUUGAUAGAACGACGUAAACGUAAUCUUCACACACGAAAUUCAGGACAUGAUCAUUAUUCAAGUAAAUGUCAUUAUCGUGGAUUUAUUCGGGGUCAUGUGAAUUCUAUUGUUGCACUGUCAGCUUGUAAUGGCUUGGCUGGUGUAUUACGUGGUGAUCACGGUGAAUUCUGGCUGGAGCCAGUAGACGAGUCUUUUACGGGUGUUACAAGUAAACGUUCAACAAGACAAGUAGACACAGAACGAUAUACUAAUAGUAAAAAUGCAAGCUCAAUGUCUGGUAGGCCUCAUUUUGUCUUCCGGCGUUCAACAGCAGUUGAGAUUGGCGCCGAUCGUGGACGUCGUAGAAAAAGGAAAAAGAAGCAAGGAAUAAAUUGUGGAACACGGGAACCAAGAAGACAAACUGACUCAUCAACAGAACAGCAACCACAACUCGUUCAAGUUCAAGGUCAUGCUCAUAAAAAAAAAAGAUGGCAUCGUUCAAAAAGAUCAAUCAGUCGUCCAAGACACGUUGAAGCACUUGUCGUUGCUGAUACUUCAAUGAUGGCAUUCCAUCAGGAUGGCGAUGUUGAAACUUAUUUACUAACUAUCAUGAAUAUGGUAUCAGCACUUUAUCAUGAUCCAACUAUUGGUAAUUUUAUAAAUGUCGUUGUCGUUAGAAUCAUUUUAAUGGAAGAAGAUGAAAUCGAGCAGGGACUUAAUAUCACGGUUAAUGCUGAUAAAACACUUUAUAAUUUUUGUAAAUGGCAAUUGAAAUUAAAUCCGGGUGAUGAUACACAUCCAAAUCAUCAUGAUGUUGCAAUACUUGUUACAAGGGAAGAUAUAUGCUCAAAGGCAAAUACACCAUGUAGCACACUGGGAGUGGCUCAUGUUGGUGGUAUGUGUCAGCCUGAUAGAAGUUGCAGUGUCAAUGAGGACAAUGGUAUCACACUUGCUCAUACAAUUACUCACGAGUUGGGUCACAACUUUGGCAUGUAUCAUGAUACUGAAAAAAUUGGAUGUAACAAAAGAGAUGGACAAACUCUUCAUGUAAUGACACCAACAUUUGAGGCAGAAACAGUACGUGUUGCUUGGUCAAAAUGUUCUAGACGUGAUAUUAUAAAUUUUCUCGAUCAAGGUAAAGGUGAGUGCCUGGAAGACGAGCCAACAUCUCAUGACUAUGCUUACCCGGAACUACCGCCUGGGGCAAUGUACAAUGCCGAGCAUCAGUGUCGUCUUCAAUUUGGUGUACGUGAAGCUUCUGUCUGUAUAACAAUAACACCGCAAGAAAUUUGUUCAAAAUUAUGGUGUGUUGUUAAUGGUUCCUGUCAUACAAUGCUUCAUCCAGCAGCCCCAGGAACUACUUGUGGCAAACACAUGUGGUGUCAAAAUCAAAAAUGUGUACCGAUGGCUGAUCGACCAAAUCCAAUUGACGGUGGGUGGGGUGAGUGGGGUGACUGGAGCAAAUGUAGCCGCGAAUGUGGCGCGGGCGUAUCAAUAAUGGAGCGGAAGUGCGAUCAUCCAAACCCAGCCCACGGCGGAAAGUUUUGCAUUGGUGAAAGGCGACGUUACAAGAUCUGCAACACCCAGGCUUGUCCUGAUGACUUUCAAAGUUUUAGGAGUAUGCAAUGUAGUAAUUAUGAUGGUGGUGAAUAUAAAGAUAAAAAUUAUACCUGGCUACCAUAUUUUGAUCAAAAUGAGCCUUGCGAGUUAUAUUGUACCGAUUCAAAACAGACCGUGAUUGUUCCACAAGGGGAAGCAGUUCUUGAUGGUACUCCAUGCAACGUGGGUACAAGGGACAUGUGCAUCGCUGGAAUAUGUAGAAAAGUUGGCUGUGACUGGACUGUUGACUCUGAUGCUACUGAGGAUCGUUGUGGAAUAUGUCAUGGUGAUGGUACCCAGUGCGAGACAAUAUCAGGAAUUUAUGAAAAAAAUGAGGGUCCAGGAUAUCGUGAGGUUAUCAUUAUUCCAGCUGGUUCAAGGAACAUCAAAAUCGAGGAACUUGGUAACAGCAAAAAUUACAUUGGUAUUGGUGUACCAAACACUGAUAAAUAUUAUCUCAAUGGUAAACGAAGUGUUCCUGGUCAAGGUAAACAAUAUGGUGUUAAUUUAAUAGAACGACCAUGGGAAACAAAUAUUUCAAUUUCAUUGGAAAAACAAAUUACAUUUGCCGGUGAGUAUAAUGUUGCUGGUACACCUGCUCUUUAUGAACGUGAUUAUGACAGAGAAAAAAUUAGAAUUCCUGGACCAACUAAAGGUGACAUUGUUAUCUAUUUGAUUUAUCGCGGACAUUAUCGUAAUUUUGGACUUCGUUAUGAUUAUACAGUACCAAAAAUAGAGCCUGAUCGUGCACCAGAAUAUACAUGGGUUUUAUCAGAAUUUUCUACUUGUACAGUAACUUGUGGUAGUGGUAUACAAACUUCCCACGCUUUUUGCCAAGAGAGAAAAAGUGGUGUUGUUGAAGACAAGUUUUGCAAUGAAAAAACAAAGCCUGAUUUUGUUUUACGUGAAUGCAACAAAAAUCCAUGUCCAGCCAGGUGGUGGAUUGGUCCAUGGCAAAUGUGUCCAGUAACAUGUUCAAUACCUGGUAUUGAUGCAUUAAGAAAACGAUCAGUCAUGUGUGUAUCAUCAGGUAAAGAACCAGAUAAAAGUGAAUUAGCAUUACCAGAUCGUGAAUGUGAUAAAAAUAUAAAACCUGAAGAAUUUGGUAAAUGUCAUAAUUUACCAAUAUGUGGAUCAACAUCUGAAAUACCAAUUAUUUUUUAUGGUGAUAAUAAAGUUUUUUCAUUUUAUAAUACAACAAAUGAACAAAAUACUGUUGAUAAAAAUACAACAGAUGAUCCAGAAAUAUUAGAAUUUGAUAAUGAUGAAAAUUCUGAUAAUUCAAUGUACAAUACAAAACCAAAAUGGCUUGUAUCAAAAUGGAGCCAGUGUACACAAGGUAAAAGAACAAGAAAAGUAACAUGUUCAAUGACUGGUGAUUGUAAUUCAAAAAAUAAACCAGCAUCAAGUGAAGAUUGUAAGAGUGAAAAAUGGAUAACUGGUAAAUGGGGAGUUUGCAAUGCAACAUGUGCUGUGAAAUUUGGUGUUAAACAAAGAGAAGUUAUUUGUAAAGAUAAAAACACAAAUAAAGUAUCUGAUAAUUGUCUUCUAGAUAAAAAACCAUUGUCAACAAGACGAUGUCAGUAUAGACGACAGUGUAAUGAUGAAAAAAUUGUAUGUAAAGAUAUUAUUGUUCCACCACGUAUGUGCAAUACUUACAAACGUAUGUGUGAUAGUUCACCAACAGUACGUGAAAAAUGCUGUGCAACAUGCUCGAAACGACGACGACAUGCUCGACACAAUCGUCGUCAAGAUUUUGAAAAUUAAAAAUUAAUUUAAACAAGAUAAAAGAAAAAUAACUAAUAAUGCUCAUCACAGCAAUUCAAGUUAAAUAAAUCUAUUGGAUUCAAGAUUGAGUGUGGUAAUGAUGUUGCUGAGAUUGUUAUUUGUGGACUUGCUUUCAAAUAGCCCCUGAUAAAAUCGGACCAUUUAACUUUCAAACUAUUCCUCAGUGUACAUACUCUCUAUAACACUGAGACGCUUAUUACACAAAAUAAACACAGUCACUAUUAAAUGUUUCAAAGACAAUCAUCAUGAUAAUUGAUAACAAGAAGAAAAAAAUACAAAAAAAAAACGCUGGACGUAAAAAUUUUUUUUAAGUCUUUUUAAGAAUAAAUUUGUUUUAAAUAAAAUAAAUAAGAAACUUCGUUGAACUUUUAUUUUGUAUAUGUAAAAAAAUAAAAAGGAAAGAAGAAAUAUAAAAAAAAAAGCUUUUCAAACUCAAUGGAUUAUAUUUUGUCAUGAAAAGAAGACAUGAAAAGAUAAAAAAAAAAAAAAAGGAAAAAUC